GUUUAAGUAUGAAACAUGGAACUCUCGAGUUCAAUGAUGUUAUUCGUUUCUGUUUACUGUGAUCUAGAUAUGGAGUUGAUGAAGGAAAAGUUUGCGAAGUUGCUCCUGGGCGAGGAUAUGUCCGGUGGAGGGAAAGGCGUUUCUUCUGCUUUGGCGUUAUCGAAUGCAAUUACAAACUUAGCAGCUUCUGUGUUUGGAGAACAGAGAAGAUUAGAGCCGAUGGCAGCAGAUACGAAAGCAAGGUGGAAAAAAGAGAUCGAUUGGCUGUUAUCCGUCACAGACCACAUUGUUGAAAUGGUUCCUUCAAAGCAAAGGUCAAAAGAUGGAACCAAUAUGGAGAUUAUGACAACAAGGCAGAGAACUGAUCUCCACAUGAACAUCCCAGCACUGCGCAAGCUUGAUACGAUGCUUCUUGAUUGUCUGGACAACUUCAAAGACCAAAAUGAGUUCUACUACACGUCAAAGAACGACAAGGAUUCCGACAAAGAAAAGAGACAAGAGGACAAAUGGUGGAUUCCUGUUCCUAAAGUUCCCCCAAACGGUCUGUCCGAGGCUUCAAGGAAGUGGGUGCAAUAUCAGAAGGACUCUGUACACCAAGUACUGAAAGCAGCUAUGGCGAUAAAUGCUCAGGUCCUGUCAGAAAUGGAAAUCCCAGAAAGCUACAUAGAAGCUCUCCCCAAGAAUGGAAGAGCAAGCCUCGGAGAUGCAUUGUACAGGAUUAUUACAGACGAGUACUUUGAUCCCGACUAUUUUCUUUCAUCGGUUGACUUAUCGUCAGAGCACAAAAUUCUUGACCUCAAGAAUAAGCUUGAGGCGUCGGUUGUGAUCUGGAAAAGGAAAAUGACCGCUAAAGACAACAAGUCGUCUUGGGGUUCAGCUGUGAGUUUGGAGAAGAGAGAGAUUUUUGAAGAUAGAGCAGAGACUAUUUUGCUGAUAUUGAAGCAUCGGUUUCCAGGGCUUCCUCAAUCUGACCUAGACAUCAGCAAAAUCCAGUGCAACCGAGAUGUGGGGCAGGCAGUUCUGGAAAGCUAUUCAAGGAUUAUAGAGAGUUUGGCGUUCACAGUCUUGUCAAGAAUUGAGGACGUCAUGCAUGCCGACUCUAUUGCUAGAAAUCCAACAAAUGCAGAACAGAAGAAGGCACCUAUAAAAGAGCCGUCUCCUAUCAAGACACCAGAGAAAACUCCAAAUGAUAAAGAAGAAAAUACAGCACAAACACCAACUUCAAUGACACUAUUGGAUUUUAUGGGUUGGAACUUAGAUAGCGGAGACACAGAGGCGAAGCAAGAUGCGCAAGAUGAUGCCGAAACAAAGCACAGCAAAGCACCUAACAUUGACACAAACAAGAAAACGACCUACAUAGAUAGGCUAGAGAACUUAGGCGGUUUAAGAAGUCCAACAGCACGCGACUAGUUAUUAUUCUAUUGCAGAAGAACUCACCAAGAGUACAAAAACUUAGCCUUUUGAUGUAUAUAAAAAAGGGUCAAAUCUUGGAGGUUUUGAUCGAGUUCUAGUUCUCGUUUUUGUAGAUAGGAAGAGUUAGUAGAUUAAAUUGGAUUUUGAGUACCUUAUAGAUGUCCAACAAGUCAUAUUUAUGACUCUUACCUUUAAGGAUUACUUUGUAGUAGCUCAUUCUACUUAGAACGGAACUCUUGGCUUCUUGCUUGUCACACUUCAAAGUAUCUCUGACAUUGCAGCAGGCAUAUGAGUUUCUACUUUCCAUGUUUGAAGAGAGUAAGGAUAUGUGGUUUAGCUUAUCUCGAAAUGUUUUUUGUGUACAUGGUCGACCUAUUUAUUAGUAAAUCAUAAGACAAAUUAUGAACUUGUGCAGAAACAAGAAGGGAAAAAACAAAUGAAUGCACAAAUUUUUA